AUAACCAUCAACACAUGGCUCAUUUGGACUGCUUCGGCGAAUCAAAUCACGACACAACACAAUCGUAUCAACGUUUAACCCAUGGACGAGAGGACCCAUGAGGACAUUUAAUUCCGUUAUGAGACAUGUGGACCAGAUUUUUGCCCUUGGACUCCCAUACCGGAAAGGAUCUACCAAGAAGCUCAGCGAAAAACAAAAAAGGGCCGGAUUUUCUUUUCACUUUCUGUAGAUCUGCACCCUCACAAGAGGGUGUCGUUUUUUUUUUCUCUCUCAUGUUUUAUUACCAUUUCUUUGUUUUUACAGCGUGGAGUUGGGUUUGGGAAGACGACGGGGAAACUAUCUCUGUACUAGGGGAUGCCAAGCGAUGCAUACAAGGCGCAACAGGAUACAGAGAUAGGGGGUUGGCUGGAGUUUCUUUAUUUUCAGGGAUAUCGUGGCAUCCGAUUCUACAACGCUUGCUCCCUGUGCGCAAGCAUGCAGGAAAUGCUACUUGGCAGCUUUUCUGUCCAUUGUUGGACGGUACCACGGUUAACUUUGGAUUGCAUUCGAGACGUGAAUGCUCUCGAAGUGGUUGAGCAAUAGUAGGAACAAGGGAUUUGGUUUUUCAUCGACAACGAAAGAGGGAGAAGAUGUUUAGACAAUACCUGGGCCAAGAACCCGACGUUUCGCGACGAGAUUAUUCGCGCAAGGAAGACUCUUGGGGAAGUGGAAAGUUCAACUCGAGUCUGGCAGGAAAUAGCU